ACUCCACUCUCUCUCUUCUUUCUGUGAGUCUGCGCCAUUUCAUUUGCCUCGCCUCCGCUUUCAGCUUUCUGCGAUAUUUCCCUUUUUCUCUGCCGAUCUUUCUUCCUCCUCCGAGAUCCGCUCGCGUUUCUUCUCAAAAUCCUUGUUCCUUUGUUCUUCAGAUUAUGUUCCCUCCUAAUCUUUCAAAACAGUGACCAAUCUGUGCUCAAAUAAGCUCAAUCUCUCUCUUGCCCAUCUUCCAAUUUUCGUUGUUCUAAGUUUUUUGUUUUGUUUUUUGUCCUCCUUCCGGUUCUCUCGAGAUCGUCGCUAUAUGGGGUUCUCCAAUCUUUAGUUGUUUCCGCCAAAUUUUUAAAAACUUUCAGUAUCAUCGAAGAAUUCGGACUCGUGCUGUGAUCUGUGCAGUAUUGUUCUCCAGCCAUUUUUUUUGGAGACGUCGCCGAGUUUUGUUGCUGGCGAUGGUUGUGUUGUUCCUCACCAUUUUCCCAUUUCAAUUCAGUUCCGGCCGUUGAUGAAGUAUUUUGUCUCUUUUUUAUCUUAUAAAGUAAAAUUUUAGCCAUCGCUCAGUUGAGUUUGCCUUUUUGGGACUGCACCUUUUGCUUUAUCUCUCAGUUUUUAGCUUGAGAUUAGGUUUUCUUCUUUAUGUUUCGAAAGCAAUAGCUUGAUGAUCUCGAGAGCUUACUGAUUAGUGAAGUUAAUUUGGAUUACUUGCGUCGUGUACACUCGAUUCCAAUUGACAUUUGCUGGCUUCUGUGCUGCGGAUCUCUGAUUGAGUUCGAGUUUGAAGCUAAGGCGUUAGAUGCCCUAAUUGCUAUAUCCAUCUGGGAACUUGGAAAGCCUUGUUGCUAAUAUGCAGGCCGAUCAGAGAAGAAAGUCAUCUAUAGAUGUGGAUUUCUUCACAGAAUAUGGUGAAGGGAGCAGGUAUAGAAUAGAGGAGGUAAUUGGUAAAGGAAGUUACGGUGUUGUUUGCUCUGCAUAUGAUUCUCAUACUGGGGAGAAAGUUGCAAUAAAGAAAAUCAAUGAUAUCUUUGAGCAUGUCUCUGAUGCAACUCGCAUUCUUCGUGAGAUAAAGCUUUUAAGACUAUUGAGACAUCCGGACAUUGUGGAGAUAAAGCACAUCUUACUACCUCCAUCUAGAAGGGAAUUCAAGGACAUAUAUGUCGUGUUUGAGCUCAUGGAAUCUGAUCUUCACCAAGUUAUCAAAGCAAAUGACGAUUUGACUCCAGAACAUUAUCAGUUCUUUCUUUACCAGCUUCUUCGAGGCAUGAAAUAUAUACACACAGCAAAUGUCUUCCACCGGGACCUAAAACCCAAAAAUAUCUUAGCAAAUGCUGAUUGCAAACUCAAGAUCUGUGACUUUGGUCUAGCAAGAGUUGCUUUUAACGAUACUCCUACUGCUAUUUUCUGGACUGACUAUGUAGCAACGAGGUGGUACAGAGCUCCUGAACUGUGUGGUUCAUUUUUCUCAAAGUAUACACCGGCAAUAGAUAUAUGGAGCAUUGGUUGCAUCUUUGCGGAGCUUUUAACUGGAAAACCGCUUUUCCCUGGAAAAAAUGUUGUUCACCAAUUAGAUUUGAUGACAGAUUUUCUGGGAACUCCAAAUGCAGAAGCCAUUGCCAGGGUACGAAAUGAGAAAGCCCGUCGAUACCUAAGCAGCAUGAGAAAGAAGAAGCCCGUUCCGUUCUCCCAUAAGUUUCCUCAUGCAGAUCCACUUGCACUUCGCUUAUUAGAAAGAAUGUUGGCUUUUGAGCCAAAGGAUCGACCUACAGCGGAGGAGGCCCUUGCAGAUCCAUAUUUUAAAGGCUUAGCUAAGGUUGAGAGAGAACCAUCUGCUCAACCUGUUACUAAGAUGGAAUUUGAAUUUGAAAGACGAAGGAUAACCAAAGAAGAUGUUAGGGAGCUUAUUUACAGGGAGAUUCUCGAGUACCAUCCGAAGAUGUUAAAGGAAUACUUAGAUGGCUCAGAACCUACUGGUUUCAUGUAUCCAAGUGCAGUUGACCAUUUUAAGAAGCAAUUUGCCUACCUUGAGGAGCACUAUGGAAAUGGCGCAACUGUUGCUCCUCCUGAAAGACAGCAUGCAUCCUUGCCUAGGCCAUGUGUUUUAUAUUCAGACAACAUGGUGCAGAACCCGGCACAAGUCGCGAAUGACCUAUCCAAAUGUUCCAUCAAAGAAGUCGAGAGGCCACAAGUGGAUAGGAGUUGCAAUAUUCCUUUGACUAGAGUUCCUAUUCAAGUUCCUCAAUCUAUCCAAGCAGGCAAUGCUGCAAGGCCCGGUAAAGUCGUUGGCUCUGUGUUGCGAUAUAACAACUGUGGAACAGCGGCAGCAGUAGCACCAGAAGUUAUUGAACAGCGGAGAAUGACCCGAAACCCUUCUGUUCCACCACAGUACGCCACUAAUAACUGUUCAUAUCCACGAAGAAACUCAUCCUGUAAAAACGAAAGGGCUGAAGAUGAAGCCAUUGAAGGUCCAAAUGGGUUGCAGCCAAAACCUCAGUACAUAGCUAGAAAAGUUGCUGCUGCUCAAGGUGGACCAGGAAAUAACUGGUACUAAAUCUACCGGCAGUAUUCGUUUGGGGUCUACGGUUGUUUCAGUGAAGGCGUAACCAAACCUCAAUGCAAGCUUUGUUCCGAAUCUUAUCGAGGACCAUCUCCACGAGUCUGAGCGAAACCAACAGCACUAUUACACGAGACGAUGGAGAUUCAGACAUAUGAUUCACUUGAAAGGGAAAGCAAACUACGUUGCUGACAAAUUUGGGUUGCUAUCUUUGCAUUCUUUAUGCGAUAACGACCUGUUAAUGUUAAUCGUUGCGGCUGAAGCAUUGUGACUGGUUGCAGCUUUACCUGGUACUUCAAAUUAGGACCAUAAUGCUGAUUAUGCUUUCUUUAUACUGUUUUUAUGUUAAGCAGAGAUAAGUUAUAAAAGUUUACUAAUCCAAUCCACUAGAUUGCUGUCUGAUGAUAUUUGGAACCUGAAAAUCAACCUUAAUCAGAAGUUGAUUCUGUUAUGUAUGAAAAAUGUAAUCCCGUAACUUUAUUUAUAUUAUUCACAUCAACUGUCUUCAUAUCUGCC